GAAAAUUAAAAUUAAAAAAAAUAAAAUAGUGGGAGAUAUAGUGGGAAUUUUAAAUAAGCCAGUUUCUAAAUUUAUAUUUAGUUUAAUGCUACAAUAUUCGAUACUAUUUCCAGUGUUAGCUCAGUCCUAGUUAAAAGUUGAUAAUUGUUGAACUCGUAGUGAUCACACUGUAUUAAUAAAAAUAUAUAAUUAAAUUUAAUAAAUUAAUAAUAAUGCCACCAUCAAAAACAACUGAUGAACCAGAUGAUAGUCAUACAUGGGAAUUAAUUGAAAGAUGUUUUUUACCAAUAGCAUUUUCACAUGCAAUUGCUGUUACACUUGGUACUAUUCUUAAUACCCUUGGUAUUUCUCAAACAUCAAGUUUUUUAUUAUUUUUACUAUUUCUAUCACUAUCUGUUGGUUUCACCCUAUUUUAUCAUAAUCUCAAGGUAACUGCAGCUGGAAAAGCUGUGCUAAUAACUGGUUGUGAAUCAAGAGUUGGUUAUGGAUUGGCAAAACGUCUUGAUGAAUUGGGUUUUACAGUAUUUGCUGGAUUUGAAGAUUCAUCAAAAAAUCAUGAAACUAUGAUGAAUUUAAAAGGUGAAACAUCAGCAAGACUUCAUGCACUUCAAUUAGAUAUUACAAAUGAACAUGAUAUACAUUCAGUAUUUUUAUAUGUCAAUGAAAAUUUACCAGAUGGUGCACCAGGUCUUUGGGCAAUGGUGCAUGCUAAUACUUGGAUUGCACUUGGUGAAUGUGAAUGGAUACCACAAAGUGUAUUUAAAAAAAGUGUUGAUAUUAAUUUUACAAGUAUUGCACGUAUGACACAAAUUUUUUUGCCAUUGAUAAGACGUUGCAAGGGACGUAUAGUUUUGGUGUCAAAUAUUUUAGCCAGAAUACCAAGUCCAGUACGUGGUCUUCAAUGUGCAAGUGGUGCUGCUCUUGAAGCAUGGGGUAAUUGUUUAAGACUUGAAAUGCGUAGAUGGGGUGUUGAUGUUGUUAUUGUUGAAACUGGUGAUUAUGUUGCUGGUAAUACAUGGUUAAAAAAUAAUGUUGGAAUAUUAAAUCAAUCAAGAGACAUGUGGAUACAACUUGAUCCACAAACACGUAAAGAAUAUGGUGAAGAAUUAUUUCAAAAAGAAAUGUUAUCAUUAGAAAAAUAUAUAAAAGGUCCUGAUGCUGAUUUAACAACAGUACAACGUGUUUUAACUGAUACUAUUGUUAAAACAUUUCCAUUAAAACGUUAUGCACCUGUAACACGUAAAGAAAGACUGCAGGCAUUUGUUAGUGAUCAUUUUCCAAAAUCAAUUUAUGAUAUUAUUUAUGUUGAUUAAUUAUUAACAAUUUAUUUCUUGUUUAAUUAUAUAUAUUCAUUCAAUAAUUUACCUUUGUCUUCCAAAUAAUUAUCAAGAGGUUAUAAAACUAUUAUAAAUAAAUUUAUAAUAAUUUGUGUAGAUGAAAUUUAAAUAAAUAAAUUAGAAAUUGUUGAAUGUCUU